AUGGCCGGACAACCCAGCCACAUGCCCCACGGAGGGAGCCCGAGCAGCCUCUGCCACACGCCAGGGCCCGCACACCCUCCUGACCCACAGAGGCACCCAAACAGCCUGUCUUUUCGCUGCUCGCUGGCAGACUUCCAGAUCGAGAAGAAGAUAGGCCGAGGACAGUUCAGCGAGGUGUACAAGGCCACCUGCCUGCUGGACAGGAAGACGGUGGCUCUCAAGAAGGUGCAGAUAUUUGAGAUGAUGGACGCCAAAGCCAGGCAGGACUGCGUCAAGGAGAUCGGCCUCCUAAAGCAACUAAACCAUCCCAACAUCAUCAAGUAUCUGGACUCGUUUAUUGAGGACAACGAGCUGAACAUUGUGUUGGAGCUGGCCGAUGCCGGUGACCUUUCGCAGAUGAUCAAGUACUUUAAGAAGCAGAAGCGGCUCAUCCCCGAGAGGACAGUUUGGAAGUACUUUGCACAGCUAUGCAGCGCCGUGGAGCACAUGCACUCUCGCCGGGUGAUGCACCGAGACAUCAAGCCUGCCAACGUGUUCAUCACGGCCACGGGCGUCGUGAAGCUUGGUGACCUUGGCCUGGGCCGCUUCUUCAGCUCUGAGACCACUGCAGCCCACUCCCUAGUGGGGACACCGUACUACAUGUCACCAGAGAGGAUCCACGAGAACGGCUACAACUUCAAGUCUGACAUCUGGUCUCUGGGCUGUUUGCUGUAUGAGAUGGCCGCUCUCCAGAGCCCCUUCUAUGGAGAUAAAAUGAAUCUCUUCUCCCUCUGCCAGAAGAUCGAGCAGUGUGACUACCCGCCUCUCCCCGGAGAACAUUACUCUGAGAAGUUGCGAGAACUGGUCAGUAUGUGCAUCUACCCCGACCCCAACCAGAGACCGGACAUCGGAUAUGUGCUUCAGGUCGCCAAACAGAUGCACGUGUGGACGUCAAGCACCUGAACGUGGACGCAGCGUGCCUUAUCAGAGCCGCACCACUUUGCCUUACUUGAGUCUUCUCUCCGAAGUGGCCGCCUGGUAGCCUAGAUCAACUAAGACAAGAGGGUUCAGUGGGUUCCCCGGAGGGGGCCGGGCUUUACAGCAGAUGCCGAGUGCAGAGCAGCUGGGGGGAGGGUCACUGGUCACACCCUAACUGGUGGUCAAAUUCGAAAGUCCUUUCUUUAAACUGUUUGCGGAAAUCUCAGCUGGGUUGUUACCAAGGGUGGGUGGUUCGGUGAGCCGCUGACUCUCCCUUUGCAUCUGGAUUGUAAUGUGAAUCUUUAGGAGAAUUCCUUCAGUGACCUGUCAAGGUUUGUUAAGAACAAGAGAGUUGCGGGAGGCCGUGUGAUUUGUAGUGAGCCUUUCAAAAUGGUUAGUAGCAAGUUCGGUUUAGCUCUUAGAAUCUUUUCAAAAAAAAAAAAAAAAAUCAAGCUGUGUGCUUGCUCUGUCGUAAAAGGCUAAAGUGGAAAUCAUUUUUUUAACUAGCGUGGAGAUUUUUCCUAAUAUUUUUAUCUACGUUUAUAACUCACUGAAUGACGAGGAGGAGAACGCGGCAUCGGGCACAGGGCUUCACAGGCAGACCGCGUUCGGAAGCCCUGCGUGUCCUCCUCGCGGUCCGGCUCAGCCGUCCUCUCCUGAACACCGGCCUCGUGGCGGGCACCUCGUCACCUGCUCGAACGCCGGCAGGUUGUUUAACGAUCAGUGGGAAGCAAUUUCCUCAUGGGAAGGAAGCAUGGGAUACAAAAAAAUACAAAUAUAAAACAUGCCCUGGGGCUGUUCUCUGUACAAGUUCUGGUUCUGCAACUUCCUCCCACGACCCUGGGUAACUUUCUUAAAGCCUCUCUGAGCCUUACUUUCCUCAUCUAUAAAAUGGGACUAAGACUAUCUACCUUCGGCGUUGCUGACAGAAUUUGAACUAAAAUAUGCUCGUUACCUGGCUCAUUGUAGAUGAUCCCCAAUGGUAGCCACUCCCCCUUCACAAAACUGAAAUCCAUGGACCACGUAAGAAUUAACAUACAGCUGUAUCAUGUGUAGGAAACCAGAACUAUUGUGUGUUUAUUUCUUGUUCCCAAAUAGGAUUAACUGUGAAGACUAAUUUAUAAAUGUGAACUUAAGGAAAACUCAAGCUCUGAAGGAAAUCGUUUGCUUUUAUACUCAAGUUAAUCCUCAAAUGGUCUAAGUUGUCACCCGUUGACUUGGUGACAGUUCAGCCCUCCAGAUAGAGACAUGCCCGCCCUCUCUGCUGGCGUUCUGGUCAGGGGCUGAUUGCAGCCAGCUUGCUGACCAGGGGCCCAGCCUCCCUGGGGAUAAAGGACUCGGGCUGGGCCACUGCUCUGUUUCCAUGUGUGAACUCUGUUCUACUGUAACACUGCCGGGUUUGAGACAUUUUCUUCAGAUGCAACCUUCGCUUUGUACUUGUUCUUCAUGUUUGAAAUAAAAUGGGGUAAGAGGGGUCACUUCUGUGAA